UGAUAUCUUAAACAAAAUGAUCUUAAUACAUGUUCCUGGUAGUUAAUUGUGUUGUGCAAGACCGAUAUAACCUAACAAAACCGCGAUCAAAAUGUAUAAUAUAUUAUGUUUGUGUUUCGUGAUUCUGUGUACCUUCAUGUCCAUGGAUGUUUGUAAUUGUGAAACGGAUACAUCGCCGAAAAUAAUCAUAGACAACGACGCAGGCGGGGACGAUGCUAUGGCAAUAUUUUUAGCAUUGUUAUAUGAGAAACAUUAUAACGGUUCAAAAUUAAUCGGUUUAACGACUGGAAACGGGAAUACAAAUGAAGACAACGUAUGUAGAAAUAAUCAGCGAAUACUUAAGGUUGCUAAAAGGCAAGAUGUCCCUAUAUACAGAGGUUGUAAAGAAUCGAUGGUGAUAACUCCUGAGGCCGGUGAUUAUUACGGCAAAGAUGGUUUGGGUGAUUCAGACGAGGUUGUCACUGGUUUAGUCGAUGCGAAAGAGCUUGGUGCAGUUACAGCUUUAAUUGAACUGUCGAAGACGUACGAAGGUCAACUGAACGUGAUAACUCUCGGUACUCUUACAAAUGUUGCUAUGGCUUUAAAUUUAGACCCCAAUUUCUUGAAUCGAUUAUCUCAACUAUACAUUGGUGCUGGACAUAUUCAUGAUGAAGCGACUCCAGAUCCAGAGUUCAAUGCACAAAUGGACGUGGAAUCUUACCACGUGGUGAUGAAACAUGCAACUCCUGAUAAAGUGACCGUUUUUCCUUUCUCACAAACAAUGCGUUAUUUGAAUUUUAGUCGAGAGUGGAGAGAAAACGUAUUAGGAGCAAUUGAUACUGAUAUAGUCAAAGCACAGAAUCGAUAUGAAAAAGUUUCACUGCAAAGAGGUGAUCGGUGGCAAGCUCUCGACCCGGCCACUGUUGCUAUUGCCUUGAAUCCUGAAUUGGUCGAAGAAUAUAGGUAUUCCAAGAACGAUAUAACAUUAUGUGGUAGCCAGCGAGGUAUCAAUACAAACGAAUUUGUGAAUAAAGAAGAUGCUAACGUAAGAAUUGCGUAUUCUGUAAAAACAGAAAAGUAUAGACAAUUUCUUUUAGACAUUUUUGCCCUCGAAUAAGCUAGAAUAGAGCUAGAAUUCAUAAGUUGUAAGAAAACUGUCGAUUUCUACUGUAACCUGAAAAAAAAAGUACAAAUAAAUUCAUUUCAGGCG